AUGCUGAACUCCGCCACUGAGCAGGAGGUUUUGACCCAAAUGAGCUUGGAAGACAUGGACCAGCUGGCUGCCCUGGAGCUGCCGCCCAGAGACAAGGGCCCCGCGAGUGUGGCCGAGAAAACCGGCUACCCCGACUCGAUCUACGUGAGGGCAGCGAACAUUUUCCAGGGUAUUCGAAUCGAAAAGUCACCCGAGAAGGCCCUGAUCAAGUAUGGGACCAAACCCCUGCCGUCCUCAGCCGAGUCAGAGGACGAGUCCCACCGGCGUUUAUCCUACGAACUGGCCUUCAGUGCCCUCAAGUAUCAAGAUAUUUUGGAAAGCAUAUUAAUAGACAGUUAUAUCUUCCCAAGUACCACAAUAGUAAAUAGAAAAUUUCAAGCUCGUCUCCUUUCUGAUAAUGAAGACUGCAUAGCAGAAGUUCAAGAAGUAGAGACUCUUCUUAAUAGUUUUACAACAAAAUUGGCUGCAUCUUUAGCAAGAUAUCGAAUCAAACAUGAUGCCCGUUCAAUUUACCAAAUCCUACCAGAAACUGUUAGAAAGCAGGAAAUAAGGGCUUCUACUUUGCCACUUUAUGCUUGGAUAAAUACUUGUAAAAUCAGCCUAGAAGAUGUUUAUUGUUAUUUGAAGAAAAAAGGCUAUCAUAAAGUUAAAUCUGUGUUGCAUAUUGAUGAUAAAGUCUUUGCUGUAGACAAACAUUGCUAUGAUGUCUUAAUUUUUCCAUCUCAUCUUAAACCUGAUCUUCUCAACAUAGAUCUUUUCAAGGAUGAUAAGCUUAUAUUUCAGGACAAAUCUCGAAGUCUUGCUGUCCAUUCGGUGAAGGCUUUACUGAAUAUGGAUGAUGACAUCCUAAUGGUCAAUACAGGCUCAUGGUACACAGUUGCUCACAUGUCAGUCUUAACAAAGGAGAACACCUCAAAGAUAUUUGUUUGUGGCUUAGAAGCACAACCUAAAGAUCCGAACCUGAAGAACCUUCUUGAGAAAAUGGGAUGUAAAAAUAUUGAAAUACUUCACCAGACGUUUAUGAACAUCGAUUCAAAGGAUCACAGGUUACAGAAAGUUAAAGUGAUUCUACUGCUGCCUCGUUGCUCAGGACUGGGCGUCAGUAAUCCAGUUGAGUUUAUUUUAAAUGAACAUGAAGAUACAGAUUUACUUAAAGAUCUCUCCAGAGGAGGAAUAUCAGAUGAAAAACUUCAUGUACUCUCUCAACAACAAUAUAAACAGCUAACUCAUGCAAUGGAAUUUACUAAAGCUCAAGCAGUUGUUUACUGCACAUGUUCCGUUUACACAGAAGAAAACGAAGCCAUUAUUAAAAAAGCGCUAGAAUUUCAAGACAGUGGAACUAAACUGCAACCCUAUAGGCUCAGUCCUCCUGUUCUUCCACUCUGCUCCUUAAAGGAAAUACAUUUGUCUUCUGAUAAAUUUUUCAGAAUGGAACCUUCAGAGAUAACUAAUGGUUGUUUUAUUUCUAUUCUAACAAGGGAGCGGGACCCAUCUGAGGCAAUGUCCGUGAAAGAUGUUUUGGCCCGUGCUGCAGCUAAGGGUCUUCUGGAAGGAAUCGAAUUGGGGAAAUCGCCAAAACGGGAGAAGAAAAAGAAAAAAUCAAAAACCUCCUUGCCCAAAGCCUCCACUAAUGAAAGUAGCUUCAUUCAGAUGAGAAUUGCAGAUUUCCUGACCCGAGAAGCUAAAGCAAAUGCUAAUCAACCAGAGGCACCCCAAGCCAAACCACCCUUUCCACAGAAAAGCAUCGCUCCAGUGGUUGCUUCAACACAGAUCAGAAAAGCCAGCAAACCCGCCACCACCAGCCCCGUGGGGCCCGUGGGGCCCGCGGGGCCCGCGUAUAUGAAGAAUGCUCCUCUCUCCAGGGCGUCUGAGCGGCAGGGCCCCCACUUUGUGAGACGGCGGCAGGAAGAGCGCUUGAUCGCCCUGAAGCCCGUGGAGAUUGUUCUGCCUCCCGUGAUGCUGCCCUUUCCAGGCACCCUUGGGAUGAGAUCAGCGCAGCAUAAUUACAGUCGUUGGGUUACUCCCAAGCCUCUUAUGGCCCCUUUUCCCACGCCAGGCUCCCGGAGAGGAGAGAAGCCUAAAGAAAACUUACCUUUGACCCUCCCCAGGCGUUCUCGACCUUGGCUUUGA